CAGGAAGCCCCGCCCACCUGGACCUCCCUCUGAUAGUCAACAAGGCAACUGGGGUUUGUCUCAGUCUAUUGUGCGGUAACGGCUUGUUAUUGUGUACAGAGCUGUUCCUCGGCCAGGAAUCACCAAAAGCUCGUUAAAUCCUACUAAAUAUUUAGUUAAAUAGAUGUUAAAAAUCAUCUUUUCAGUAGCUGAGAGUUUACAUUAGUGUCGGUUUUAUCUUUUGUUUCUCUGAUAGGAAACUGUAAUACUGGCCUGAUGAACAGGACAGAAACAUGGAAUAAAACAAGGUUCUUCAGCAUGGCUGCGAAGUGACCCCAUUCUCCUGGAAGACGCUCUUCACUUUUACCUGUUCGGUGAUACCAUGAAUCUUUGCACAAGAUGACCGACUUAAAAAACGAGUAUAUAAAGAAAAAUGGAACUCAUGUGGACAAAACACUGGAGUGGACCUACAUCGAAUGGCACAAUGACGAAAUGGCUAAAACUGUGGAUGCACAUACCCAAACAUCUGGUGAACCAACCGUGGACAAAGAAACCCAAACGAGCUAUCCGUUCUUAUUGCGGUUCGAGCUGUCUAGGACACCCUCCAGACUGAGAUGUGGCUCGGUAAGCGAGGUGGAAGCCAUGCCCACACCGCUAUUUCAGUUUGACAGGCAGGCGCCUGCUCGCAUCUCCACAUCUCCCACUCUGAGGAGGAUGAGGAGCACCAGGAUUCCUUCCCGUGAUGCAGGGAGAAUAGGCAGUACUCAAGAGGAGCCUGGUGUGAGUGAGUCUCCAUUGCCAAGGAGCCCUGUGUCACCUGCACAUCGUCAGAAAUCUCCCCUUGCUAUCAUUGAGAACCAGUCUAAUGAGGACGGUCACUGGAACGGCCACUCUAAUGACUCUGUGGCUCCUGGGAACGUCAGGUCUUAUAGAUCAAAGACAAUUAGUAGCAGUGGCCUUCACUUGAAGCAGGAGUUUUUGAGUGUGAAUGAAAUCACUGAUACUGAUUAUGAUACUAGAGAGGUGAAAGAGCCGAGUCAUAAAAGCAGGCUGCAGGAAAGAAGGCGAAGCUCUGUGGUCGUCACUCUUCCAGGACUGGACGUUUCUCCCGGUGAUCUUUUUGUUUCCAAUGAUGCUGUCGAUAUUUUAAACCACUCCACGUUUUCAGAUAUGAAGAAAUCAAAGUGGCCUUUUUCAAAACGUACAACGAAUAAAGGCAGGACACGCACAGCUGCAGACAUUGAAAAAUGUCUCACAGCCAUCCACAUCCAGGAGUGGAGAAACACACAUUUUCAACAGUACAAGGAUUUGGCUUUAGAGGAGUUUCUGAGAAGUCACCCAGAGCUGAGGGUAGAAGAAGAGCCAAAAGCACACAAAAGACAGGAGGCACUCUGGGAACUCUUCACCAGCGAGUGUGUGUACUUCCUAGACCAGUUAAUGGUGUUGAAAGAGGUAUUUCUGACUACUCUGUCUGAUCUGCAGAUGAGGGAUUGUCUACAAGAUAUUGAAUCUUGGGCACUGUUUGGAAACCUCAAUGAGCUGUGCCUGGUUAGCUUUGGCUUCCUGACCAGUCUACUGCAUGUGAUUAAAGAGCUGUGGGCCACUCCAGAGCCUCCAGACACCAAUAACACACAGGCCCUGAUGGCCAUUCUCAAAAAGGCUUUUGGUGAGAGCAUCUGUCACUGUCUACAGAAAUACUGUCUGAACUACAGUAAAGCCAUCCUCUAUUUAGACACCCUGAAAGCCAGGGAGGACUUCAGUACUUAUCUGAAGUGGUGCGAGAGGAACGAACAGUGCCGUAGGCUGCAGUUAAGGGAUCUUCUGGUGACUCCUUUGCAGAGGUUCACACGAUACCCUCUCAUCCUGAAGAACAUGGAGAAAAGGAGCUGCACAGAAGCAGAGGAAAGCGCUUUGCAGAGCGUAGUGGAACUGGUGGACAAAGCCAUAUAUGAUCUGGAGGGGAAGGUGAAGUGGUUGGAUAACUAUCAGAAAGUUAAUCAGCUGAAGGAAGCCUUGAUUUGGCUCCCAGUGUGGGAAAGAGAAAAGAGAGCACAUGUUCCAGAGAAUCUGAAACACUUGCUGAAAGCUGUGCCUUUGGAAAACUUGGUCUCUCAGCGUAGUCUCCGAUACGAAGGGAAGCUCACACUCACAGAGAAUUCCAAGCCGAAUGAUGUUUACCUGUUUCUGUUUGACGAAUUCCUCCUCAUCACCAAGGUCAAACGAACUAAAAAGAAGUCUGUUGUUGGGGAGGUUCUCCCUGUGCGCUCUGUGGCUGGUCAGGAGCUAGAGCAGUUACUGCAGGAGGGCUGCAGCUUCACCGUGCUCGAUCAACCCAUCUCACUGGAUCGCCUGCAGCUCAGGAACGUAGACCAGCUUAACGCUGCAGCCUCUGGUCUACCCUGUUCAUUUAUUAUAAUGCACCAGAAUCGCUAUCAGCAGUGCAUCGGCGUGUUCAUUCUGCAGGCCCCGAGCGAGUCCGUUAAGAAAGCAUGGCUGUCUGAGAUCGAGGAGGCAGUCUGUGCUCUGCUGAAGCGGGACUCUCAGCAGCCUCGGCUGAAGAGCUCGUCUCUCUUUGUGGAGUCUUCUCAGAUCUAACUCACACACUCAGACUCUGACCAUCAGAACAGGUGGCCCACAUCAAUACUGCUGUCUGACAACAUCACAUGACCAGGACUAAUAAUAUGGGUUUCUAAUUGACUGGCCAAGAUCCCAGCAUGGCUAUAGAGUCUUACAUCUGUCUUUUCAGAUCCAUGUAAAGCACUUGAAAAGGUUUAUUCAGGUCAGGCAGCAGUGUCACAAAUGACACAAGUACAAAGCUGUAAUGCAAACGGAACUGUUGCUGUAGCCUGACACCCACUGAAGACUAAACGUGCCACAGGAGUGGAAAAUUACGGCUCUGAAAUUCAGCCAAAAUGGACUAUGCUUCUUUGAGAUGUAGAUUAAUACAGUUUGUGUUAUGUUUUGUUUUUUAAUUAAAGUUUCCUUUGAAACUGAAA